UGGAACGAGCGAUAUAUUGUUGUAUUUAUUGUUUUGGAAGGCACAGAGGCUUUUGGCAAGGUGUUGGCUUUGUUCGUUAGAAACCUUGGGAGGACUCAUGUUCAAUGAGAGAUGAGACGGGAAUUUAGCGUUCGGGUUGAUGAAGUUGAAAAAUAUAAUGGAAUUGACAAGACCCAAUUAUGCUGUUGUUUAUGUCAUUCUCCUUUGUGCGUUGGCCCAAGGGGGCUCAGAGGGAAAAGGUGGAAAGGAAGAUGGAUUUUCUAGAGAUGGUGGUGGGGCAUCAUUCAUUUAUGUUCAUAGAUUAAAGGUAGAAAAUGAGGGUAAACACUGCAGGAAACAGUUGGUAGACAGGAACAUUGACUUGCAUCCCCCGGAAGGGAGUGGUGACAUAAAGAGUAUUAAAAGUAACAUAAACAGAGAAACUAGUUCUCUACCACUUUAUAUAAAAAGAAAAACUUUAGAUAGUAAAAGAACUAGUACUAGUCCUGUUUCAGAAAAGGGUAGCUCUAGAUAUUUGUCAACAGAGCAUUCUGGAUCAACCUUGGGUGUGGAUAGAGGCCAUGGAAGAAACUUGCUUGCUGAUUCACCAAACAAAAAAACGGCACCAAGUCCUUCUCCUACACCAGCCAGAUCUCCAUUAUCACCAAGUGAAGCUCCAACACCAGCCAGUUCUCCAUUAUCACCAAGUCGUGCACCAAAACCAGCCACUUCUCCACCACCACCUGCAACUCCCAAAAAAAAAAAUGUACCACUCCCUCCAGAUAAGUCAUUUUCACCUCCAGCCCCUGUAGCUCGUUCUCCUCCCAAAAAUUCUAAACCUACAGGAAAGACUCCUCCUUCAAAAUCUAGCGGUGAUGACAAAAAGAAUCAAACAAUUAUUUUAGCUACUACUUUAUCAGGUGUUGUAAUAUUGAUAGGCUUGUUCCUCUGCUAUCGUGAGGCCAAAAGAAAGAAAAGGGAAAGCGACGACAGUCCUUUGCUCGUAUUAACCUCGGAUGAUUAUACUGGCGGUUCAAGAAAGGUUGUUCAAUUAGGAAAUUCUAGAAGGGAUGAAUAUGACAUUGGCGAUGGAAAGAACCCUUCUAAUGUUAGAAAUUUGCCCAGUAGGAAGGGUAUAGAUAUCAACGUCUCAAUGGUUGACAUACCAUCAUCAUCAUCAUCAGAAGGUGUAAAAAAACUAACAGUAUCUGCUAGUGUAGAGUCUGCCCCUCCUUCUCCUCCUCCCCCACCUCCUCCUUCUUCUUCUCCUCUUCCUCUUUCUUCUUCUCUUCCUCCUCCUUCUUCUCCUUCUUCUUCCUCCUCUUUUGCUCCUCCUCCUCCUCCUCCUCCUGGCCGUACUGCUGGACCACCACCACCACCUCCUCCGAGACAGCCUCCUAACGCUCCUCGUACACCGCCGCCUCCAAAAGGUGCUCAUGCUCCGCCAGCUCCUCCCAAACCAGUUGGAGGUGCGAAUCAUGGACCACUACUUCCUAAAGAUGGAAGUCCAAAUGAGGGUGAUACUCAAGCUCCAAAACCAAAACUAAAGCCAUUUUUUUGGGAUAAGGUUAAUGCAAAGCCCGGCCAAACAAUGGUGUGGCAUGAAAUCAGUUCAGGAUCAUUCGUGUUUAAUGAGGAAAUGAUGGAGUCUUUAUUUGGCUGCACCAACCAGAACAAGAAUGAUCGCAGAAGAGAUUCAUCCUUAGAAAAUUCAGUGCAAUAUAUUAAGCUUAUUGAUCCUAGGAAAGCACAGAACUUAUCAAUUCUUUUGCGAGCUCUUAAUGUCACUACAGAAGAAGUUGUCGAUGCUCUUGUAGAAGGCAAUGAGAUUCCGAUUGAGCUGAUCCAGACGUUGUUGAAGAUGGCACCUACACAAGACGAGGAACUGAAGCUAAGGCUAUUCACAGGACAGCUGCAUGAACUGGGCCCAGCAGAGAGGUUUCUCAAAGUGUUGGUUGAGAUUCCUUUCGCUUUCAAACGCCUUGAAUGUCUGAUGUUCAUGCAUAACCUUCAAGAAGAUUUCUCAAGCAUUAAGGACUCCUUUGCCACAUUAGAGGUGGCUUGCGAGGACUUGAGAAAAAGCAGGCUAUUCCUGAAGCUCCUAGAAGCAGUUCUGAAAACCGGCAACCGUAUGAAUGACGGAACCUAUCGCGGCGGCGCGCAAGCAUUCAGGCUCGACACCCUCCUCAAACUCUCCGACGUCAAGGGAACGGACGGCAAGACCACACUCCUGCACUUCGUCGUGGAGGAGAUCAUCAGGUCCGAGGGAAUCCGCGCGGCGCGCAACGAAAGAGCCAGCCGGAGCAUCUCUAGCGUCCACACCAGCGACGAAUCCGACGAGGGCGAGGAGUCCGAGGACCGCUACCGCAGAGUGGGCCUCCAGGUGGUGUCGAGCCUGGGUGUGGAACUCGCGGCCGUGAAGAAGGCGGCGCUGAUAGACGGCGACGCGCUGACCUCGGGGGUGUCGAAGCUGGGACACUCGUUGGUGAAGACGCAGAAUUUUCUUGACACGGACAUGAAAAACAUCGUGGAAGAGACCGAGUUCCAGGGCAGCAUGGAGCGGUUCAUGGUAAACGCGAGGCAGGAGGUGCUGUGGAUGGUGGAGGAGGAGAAGAGGAUAAUGGCGCUGGUUAAGAGCACUGCCGACUACUUUCACGGCAAUGCCGGGAAGGAUGAAGGUUUGCGUUUGUUCCUAAUCGUGCGCGAUUUCUUGAUCAUAUUGGACAAGGUUUGCAAACAAGUGAAGGACUCGACCAUGACGCCGGCGAAGCCUCCCACCAUCACUACUACCAAGAAGAAGCCUAAGCCUAAGACUCCUUCUCCUUCUCCUUCGGUUUCUUCCCCUACCGCGCGUAAUCAAGAUUCGCCGAAGCCAUCCUCUAAUCUCCACAGUAAGCUCUUCCCUGCCAUUGCUGAGAGGAGAAUGGACUACUCUAGCUCUGAUAGCUCCGAUGAUGACGACGACUAACUUCCACUUUCAUAUGGUCUAAACUCACAUCGAAUGGCACCGCUUGAAGGAUUUGUUGCUCUUUUGUGUUUGUAUAUUGUGGUGUUGUUUUGUAAAUUGAGCGGUGGAAAAGGGGAGGGGUGAUUUAGCUUUGUGGUUUGUGAAUAAUUUUGACUACAAAGCCUGUUGUUGUACUGCUUCAUCACAUGCACAGUUAAGGAAACAAAGCCCUGUUAAUAGAUUUCUUGUGCGAUGUAAAUUGCCUCAUCAGAUUAUCUGAAGGGACAUGUGUAUUGAUUAUCGUAGGAUUUCAGUGUAGACUCAAAUGCUUAGUACGGUCUUGUUCUUCAAAGUUGUAAAGUUUUUAAACCAAACAAGAUUACGGUAAUGAAGUUCUGGUGUGAAU